AUGGUGUCUUUUGAGGGCAAAGUGAUCGCAAUCACCGGUGCAGCUUCCGGCAUGGGACUUGCAACCGCAAAGUUACUAGCCUCGCGCGGAGCGACUGUCUCUUUGGCGGAUAUCAACGAAACAGCGUUGAAGACAACGGCGGAGUCCUUGGCCGGCAGCAACAAACACAUGUACAUGGUGGUUGAUGUGAGAGAGAGCAAAUCAGUGGAUGCUUGGAUUCAAUCAACAGUCGAGAAACUGGGGAAGCUGGACGGCGCAGUAAACAUGGCUGGUGUAAUCAGCCCAGCCAAGCCGAUCACGGAGGAGACCGAUGAGACAUGGGACUUUAACUUUGCCGUCAACGCCCGAGGUAUCUUCUUCUGUCUCCGAGCGCAAUUGAGAGCCAUGAGUGCAGGGGGUAGUAUUGUCUCCGCUGCAAGCGUCUUUGGCCAAAUGGGCUCUCCAGGCGUAGCUCCAUAUUGUGCCAGCAAAGCUGCGGUUAUUGGACUAUCUAGAACGGCAGCAAAGGAGAACAAAAACAUCCGAGUCAACUGCGUGGCGCCUGGUUCGGUCAACACACCCAUGUCCCAAGGCGAGAACCCCGAAGAUGUCAAGCGUGGUCUGCAAGUCACCGCGCAGAAGCGACGGGCCGAGCCAAUUGAGGUGGCCAAUGUGAUUGCGUUCUUGUUGGGUGACGAAGCGUCUUUUGUGACUGGAGCAGUCUAUAAUGUUGAUGGUGGUUGGAUUUGUUGA